AUGAAGUACGUCGACGAUAAUUCGUCGGCUUUCAUCAGCACCUACCGAAACGAUACCUACAGCUCCUCUGCCGAGUCCCUGACCUCGACCUCGUCAGGCUCGGCUUGGUCUGCUGUUUCCUCCCAAUCCUCUACUUCAACUUCCCCCACCAACGCAUCCGACUCUGAUUCGACCGACUCGUAUUGCUUGUCGCGUCCUUCAGCUACGUGCCACUCUGCUGUUAGAUUCACAAGCCCCUGGGCCAAACAACCUGCCCAGCAAGCCCCCGUUGCUGUCCCCCAGGAGUUGCGACAAAACCCGAGACGGACUGGUGCAGGCAAUACUCGCUCCGGAGCACCUCCGACUCUGGUCCGACAGUCGGAACGCAAGGUCAACUUCGUCGACAACCUCGUCGAUUCGUCGACCCAGAUUGUUGAGGCUAUUUGGCCCCUCUCCUCUGUCGUCUGCCGCAAUGAGCUUGGUAGCAAGGCGGUGCUGCCGCUGCGCACCUUCAUCCAGGAGACCCUGCGCCGCUCGCGCACCAGCUACUCUACCUUGCAAGUUGCCCUGUACUACUUGAUUCUGAUCAAGCCUCACGUCCCCAAGCAUGAUUUCACGAUGGAACAGCCCGAUGAUAAGCAUGAGUGCCGCGCGCUUCAGUGUGGUCGUCGUAUGUUCCUUGCUGCACUCAUUUUGGCUUCAAAGUAUCUCCAAGAUCGGAAUUACUCGGCGCGAGCCUGGAGUAAGAUUUCAGGACUCAACACUGCGGAAAUCAACCAGAACGAGAUUGCUUUCUUGCUGGCGGUUGACUGGAAAUUGCACAUCACCGACGAGGUCUUCCAGCGAUGGACCGAAAUUGUCCUGAAGUACACGCCCCCUCCCGGAACCUCGGCCCAGUGGUAUGCGCAGCAAAGCUCGAACUGGAAGAUGGUCAUUCUCAAACUGAACCCUGAGUUGGACAACAUCGAAGGCCUGAUCCCAACGGCGCACGCCAACCCCACCCCCCGCAGCUUGCCCCGCCAUCGCACCAUGCUUUCGGCUACUCAAGACGUUCUGGCUGCCACUGGCGCCUGCGGAUUGGGCUAUGACUCGGCAGAGCUUACUCCUACCCCGCGAUCAUUUCAAACCCCGACCAUCAUGGAGCCUACUCCGGCCACUGUAUAUACUCCGGGUCGGCUGGCCCCCGCUCUCGGUCUGCUUCCCACCCCCGGCUUACGCCCCAGUCAAGCGGAUACAGCACUCCUGCCCAAAGGUAGCUCCAUGGGUCUUGCCAUGGCUCAGGCUUCCUGCGUCAGUGCUACGCAAUGCCUGGAUCGCUGGCCUGUUCAGAACACCUCGUCGCCUCAGGGAUAUUUCCCUGUUCGCCGAUCCUCUCUCGCCACCUCAAUCUCGACUGCGUCUUCUCCCGAAUCUAUGGUUUCCGAUUCGUCGCGAACUUCGCGCUCUUCCUCUAUCUCAUCUGCUUCGUCACUGGCUAGCGCGCCGGCCCCCAACUUGGGUGUCCAGGCGCGAUUCCGGUCCGCGAAGCUGUGCAGUGAGAGGUCGAGCCUGAGACCGACGAUCGCCUCGGUUCCUGAAGACUACGAAGAGAAUUGCAUCACGUCGUCGCCUGAGUCUUACACCGGCCCGGUGGGAAAACUCGGCGAUAUGUCGUUGGACACUCCUUUGGCUCAAAGAGAACGCGAAUUGGACGACAUGGUUCACGAUCCCGCGAACGAUGCCGCGCGAGCACUCCAAGAACUCCAGAACUACCGCUCUGACGACGCCACCCCGACUGCCAUGUCCUCGCGCAAGCGGGCUCGUGGUGUCUCGAUCGUCGACACCUCCCUUCAGGAGAAUGUUCGUGAUAUGCUGUCGGGCAACUACUCUGGCAAACAAUGGACCCAGUCUCUGGUUCGCCCCAGAACUGGCGGCCCCAUGACCAUGAACGAGCGAGGCUCCCCUCGCAAGCGCGUAUGCUGCGCCAACGAAGCGACACCGGCCUACGAGACGGCCCUUCACUCAAUCGAUGGAUACCGCGGACCUGGCAUGUGGGACGGGAUCCUCAACUAA